AUGAUAUGUGUAUUAAUAGUGCUACUAACGUUAAUUUGCGGUUUGAUACUUCCAUCAGAGGGAUUAAUUCGAAUAAAAAAGCGACCAGAUAAUCGUCUUUAUACCGCUGAAUAUACUUCAUGUAUGCAGGAUUCUCUAGUAUCUUUUGAUAGAUUCGAUGCCACUUACUAUUCACGUAACUUGUCUAUUGUUUUAGACAUACAUGGUCGUUCCAAUUUGGAUGCAAAUGUAACAUUUGAUAUAGUGGUCGAUGCUUACGGCAGCCAGCGUGCUAGAUUCACGUUUGAUCCAUGCGACAUGAACUUGGGAAAUGUUUGCCCGAUAAAAAAAGACUCAAUAAUUGAAGCACAGGGCGUACUUCCAAUUAGCUAUCAAGAUGUCAAAAUGGUUCCGAAUCUAGCAUGGACCAUUCCUGAUUUUGAGGGAUUUGUCAAAUUUAGGAUGUAUCGCACAGAGGAUUUAGAGAACUCAUCUAUAAACGAAGCACAAUCUCUUGCGUGCAUUUCGGCAUCUUUAAAGAAUGGGCACACAUUUCAAAAAAGGGUGAUUCUGGCACUCUCGAUCUUUUCUUUUUGUUUGGCCAUUGUCGGAUUUCUUGGCUUCUGUGCGAUUGGCAUGAAACAUGAUUUGUAUAUGCUGCGACCCGUAAUUACAAAUUCCAUGCCUUCAAUUCAAUACAUAGUGGACUUUCUACAUUGUAUCGUUCUAACCUCAGCCGUUGGGGUUGAACAACCAAAAAUUUUGGUAUCGUGGUCCAGUAACUUUGCAUGGAUUAUAGGAUUGAUCCCAGAUAAAAAACUCAAAAACAGCAUAAACUCGUUUUUGAAACAUUCAGGUGGUGAUAGAAAUUCACGGUCGAUUGACAUACAACGUCGCACAACAACUGCAUUCAAAUCUGAAGAUUCUAUCAUUGGUACAUACUCCGGAUUGGUAGGAUUAGCAAACAAACUUCAUAUCCCUUCAAAUGAUUUAUUUACACUUUCACUGAUAUGGUUUGUAAUCUCAAUCGGAAUUAUCGGAGGAAUUAUGUUUGGUUUUCUGUGCAUUAAUACACUUUUUCAAAAACUUUAUUUCAAGCAUCUCCCUUCUUGCAAUAAUAACGCAGUAGAAUGUUGGAAAAGACUCCUUUGCAAUGCACUUAUGAAAUGGGUUUUUCUCUGUCUUCCUAUUCUGAUCAUGUUUUCUUGCUUCCAGUUUACAUUAAGAGAUGCCUAUGGUCCUGUAAUUCUAGCGGCUAUACUGCUCGCCUUAUUAGUGGGGAUCUUUGCUUGGUGCUUUAUAAGCUUAGCGAAAACUAUCCGUAACAAUCAAUAUGUAAACAAAAAUUCAAAGGAAGAAAGCCUUCCUGAUCAAAAUGUACUACCGUGGUUGAGUUGGAUGUAUAUGAGUUUGAAGGAGCGCUAUUGGUACUUCUUCCUCAUACGUUUCACGGUAGUCCUCCUUUCAGGCCUCUUCUUCGCACUUCUUCAAAAUCAUGGGAAAGCCCAAGCUAUUGUACUCUUCAUUUUUGAAGUGCUUGCAACUGCUUCGUUAAUUGGAUUUCGUCCAUACUUUGGACUUUACAGCAUGAUGUGCGCACUUUUGGUUAGCAUUGUACGUCUUUUGUCUAUGGCAUUACUAAUACCAAUGGCCUUCAAUUCAAAUAUCAUCUUUAAGGUUGUGAUUGGGAUCGUUAUCAUAAUCGUCCAAGGACUUGCGUUUUCAGCGCUUACAAUUUGGGGAUUUCUGAACUUCUUGAGUUUGCUAGGAACAUUAUGCAGCGCAACUAAGUAUCAACCAAAAUGGCUUCUUCAAACGAUUCAGCAAGAUGAACAGCUAGAUAUUGGUGACCAUAAACAGAAUGAGAAGAAAGAAGAUCCUGCACUGAGUUCGCUCUUACUUGAAAAUACUUCCUUCGAGAGAGAAAAAGAGGCUCCUUGUCUUCAUUAUGAAAAUAACUGUCCGAUAACAAGAGAAGAAUCCUUUACAGCCAUACCAAUGUCUAUGCAUCCAUCGCCGAAAUCCUCACAUUCUUUUUCGGAUUUUAGUGAAAUCCAACGAACUCCACCAGAAUUUUAUAGACCAUUUUCAAAUCCGUUUGAGUGA